CGGGACCCUCGAGGGAGUCCUCGGUUCCUCGAGCACCCCCGCCACCGCCGCAGCGUGUCACCACACCGAGUCCGCCGAGACCACCGCCCGCUACGUCACAGCAUCAUCAGAAUCCGGGUCAUUCGACCCACUCUCCGGGACACCAGUCCCAAAAUCCCGGCCACAACCCUGGUCAUAACCCCGGCCACCAGACCCACAACCCGGGCAAUCCCGGCCACAACCCGGGCAAUCCCGGCCACAACCCGGGCAAUCCCGGACACAACCCGGGCAAUCCCGGACACAACCCAGGCAAUCCCGGCCACAAUCCGGGCAAUCCCGGCCACAAUCCGGGCAAUCCCGGCCACAACCCAGGCAAUCCCGGCCACAACCCGGGCAAUCCCAGCCACAACCCGGGCAAUCCCGGCCACAACCCAGGCAAUCCCGGUCACAAUUCCGGCGAUUCCGGGCACAAUCCCGGCAAUUCCGGACAUAAUCCCGGACAUAAUCCCGGACACAAUCCUGACCACAAUCCCGGCAAUCCCGGACACAAUCCGGGCAAUCCCGGACACAGAUCGGACAAUCCAGGUCACAAUCCCGGUAACCCAGGUCACAAUCCAGGAGAUCACCAGAAUCCCGGUCAGCCAAGUCGGAAUCCCGCUGGCCAACCGGCGCAAAAUCCCGGUCAUCCUACCAAUCCAGGACAGGAGACUGAAAAUCCCCAUCAAGGCCAGAACGUGAGUCGUCAACCGACGUUGAAUCCCACUCAGCCGACUCA